CCACUCCGGGGCUGUGAGGGGGGUUCGACUGGGCCUGCCCACUGCAAAUGUCUUCUGUGUGAACUUGUGUUGCUGUUAGAUAGUUCCAGAUCCCUGCUCCAGCUGACUUCUCCCUUGGCUUGCCUGCUUGCUGAAGUGAAGGCUGAAUCCCAACAUGAGGGUGUGGAUCGUCUUCCUUUUGUGCCUUGCUGGAAAGGCCCUGGCUGCCCCAGCCGAAGAGGAGCCAGUCAUUGAUGAGCAGGUAGAAGUAGGAUCCAAUCCAGUUCAAGUGGAGACCGGCGAGUUCGAUGAAGCCAUUGAGGUUGUGGAGGAUGUUGCUGCAGAGAACCCCUGCCUCAACCAUCACUGCAAGAAGGGCAAGGUGUGUGAGCUUGAUGACAACAACGAGCCCCUGUGUGUGUGCCAGGAUCCCCUGACAUGCCCUGCCCCAGUAGGAGAGUUUGAGCAUGUCUGUGGCACUGACAACAAGACCUAUGACUCCUCCUGCCACUUCUUUGCCACAAAGUGUGCUCUGGAGGGCACCAAGAAGGGCCACAAGCUGCACCUGGACUACAUUGGACCCUGCAAAUACAUCCUUCCAUGCCUGGAGACCGAGCUGAGUGAGUUCCCCCUGCGUAUGAGGGACUGGCUGAAGAACGUCAUGGUCACUCUGUACGAGCGUGAUGAGGACAACAAUCUGCUGAACGAGAAACAGAAGCUGAGGGUGAAGAAGAUCUUUGAGAAUGAGAAGCGUCUGCAGGCUGGUGACCACUCUCUGGAUCUGCUGGCCCUGGACUUUGAGAAGAACUACAACAUGUACAUCUUCCCUGUGCACUGGCAGUUCGGCCAGCUUGACCAGCACCCCUCUGACGGCUUUCUGUCCCACACUGAGCUGGCCCCUCUGCGUGCCCCUCUCAUUCCCAUGGAGCACUGCACCACCAGCUUCUUCGAGGCAUGUGAUGCUGACCAGGACAAGUACAUCGCUCUGGAGGAGUGGGCCAGCUGCUUUGGCAUUAAAGAGCAGGAUGUCGACAAGGACCUUAUCAUCUAAAAACUGGCCACCAUUGAUGCUUUCUAGUUAGCCUGCUAUUGGGACGAGGUGCUAACAAUUCACAUUAAUGGUGCUAUUUGCAAUUUCCAGUAACCUAUGUAUACCACUAAAAUUAAAAAAAAUGUAAAAAGGAAAAAUGCACAGUCCACACUAAGAAUCACAAUAAGUGAUAAUAGCUUCCCAUUUUUCAAAAAAAUUAUGUUGGCAUUAUUUUUUCCAAAACGUGCAAAUGGUAAAGCUAACUGAAUGAAUAGAGUGGACGUUUGAAAUGUCUGAACAACACGAUGGCGGGACAAACGAUGGACUUUGUACGUCGGAAGCCUUUUUUGGAAGUGGAUGCACAAAGAGUUAAAUAUUUUUCAAAGCAUCAGGGCUUGAUUUUAAUGUCAAUUUAAAGAUACUGAGGAGAACUUGUAAAAAAGGAAAAAAAAUAAAAUUUCCAAAUAAAUGUCCUUUCUGCUUGCUUUAUAAA